AUGGACGAAAGUUCAUGCAUCAUUAAUUUCAAGGGAAAAGGCGGGCAAAUAAAAUAUUUAACCACUGAAACAUUAAAGAAAAUAAUCGAACGAAGAAAACAGUGGCUGAAUCUCCCUGAAAAAUACGGAGAAUUCAGCGAUAUUGCGGAGAAAACGUACGCUCAUAUCCCUGUCAACAAAGAUGAGGUAUGUGAACAUGACGAAAAACUUGGUUAUCAUGUUUCUUGCUAUCGAAAUUUUACCGACAAAACCAAGCUUGAGAGAGCGGAAUCAACGCUUGCGAAUUUAAAGAGAAAGAAAGACGAAUGUGAUAAACAAGACGAUGAUCCUGUUCCACAGAAAAGGACACCGACAAGGCAGUCGUCCCGAAUUCAAAAACAAAGCUGUUCUCCUACCACUUCUAUUUCUGUUCGUGGAAAUAUUCUACCGAAAAGGUGCUUGGUUUGUAAAAAAGCAAAUCCUAUUAGUGUAUUUGAACCGGUGAGUAUAGUGAAACAUUGUUUUUAUUUAUUACUUUAAAUAUAAGAGAGGUGAUCUGAGGUUGUUCUUAUUAUAAAGCCCGAAUCAAGUGAGAGCGGAGGAUCGCAAGUUGGCAGUCAAGAUUUACUAUCGUAACAGUCGUUUUAGCAUUAACAAAAUAACUGCUUCGAAAGUGUUCUAAACACGUAUAAACUAUGAGAUAGCGUGAUUGCCAACUUGCGUUCCCGUUUGAUUCAGGCUCUAAUUAUAGUUUCCAUUUUUGUAGCACUCGCGAAAGUAUAAAAAACAGUUCCUAUCAUUGGCACAAACAAUUACGGCAGGAGCCUUACAAGAAGCAGCCAAACUACAUAAUGACACUGAUUUGUUUCGUGACAUUGCAGGGAAAGACUGUGUUGCAAUUGAAGCACGGUAUCAUAAAAAGUGCUAUUUACAGUAUACAAAGAUUUUAACACGCAAGAUCAAACCUCUUGGUGCAACAGUUUAUGACAAUGCGUUUGACAUUUUUUGUGCUGAAUUGUUGGUAACAAGGAAAUACUUCUUCUCAGCUAUUUGCUGGUGGAAUUUAUUAAGAUUGUCAAAAAAUUGAAUGGAGAAACUAUUGUGUACCAAUCAACUAGGUUGAAGAAUAGGAUCCAAGCGCGUUAUCCAAAUAUUGUCUUCCAUUCAUCAAAGAUGAUGAUCAAAGGUAUUCUCAAUCCUGUAGCCAAAUUCAACUGACAAUAUAAACAAAUCCCUCAUUAUUUUGUGUUUUCUUGAUCCCUGUAUUGGGUUUUGGAGAUGUAUAUUUUUCAGUUUUGUUUUUUAAAGGUAUCCUUGUGUAUGCAGAUUGCGUUGUUACAGGAGAUGUAGCUGAUGAAGUGAUGGAUACAAGUAAAGAUGAAGACACAGAUGAAGAGGAUGAAAAUAGUGAUGAAGGCUGCCGCAUGAUUACAAAUUAUGACCCAGAUGAGAUGUUUUAUUGCCCUUUGUCUCAGUUGUUUUUAUGUUGCAAUGAACUUAAAAAAUCUUCUUAAUAAUAAUAAUAAUAAUAAAGGGAUAAGUGUAGUUUGGCCACACGACUCGCAUGACCUAUCAAUGGAAGAAGCAACCAAAUCAAUCCCCUCUAGAUUGUUUAAUUUCAUUGCUUGGAUGUUAGGGUUUUCAGUUGAACCAGUUGAAGAGAGUAAGGUAUCCAUAAGUGACAGCGAAACUUGUAAGGUUGUUUCGAUUGCACAAGAUCUCGUUUAUAUAGCGUCAAAAGGAUAAAAGUUUACGCACAAGUCACUAGCACUCGCAAUGGCCACUCGCCACAUUAAUGGUUCUGUUAAGCUUGUUAAGAUUAUCCAUGGUUUAGGGCAUUGUGUUUCCCCAGCAACAGUAUAUAAACAUGACUCAGCGUUAGCUUUAAGUUGUAAUAAUACUGAUCAGAAGUUAAUUAUUCCCAGGAAUAUAAAUCCAGGAUCAUUUUCAACCAUAAUAUGGGACAACAAUGGUUUUAAUGAGGAGACAGCAUCGGGAAAAGGAACUGCUCAUGUUGCCAAUGGUAUAAUUGUGCAAACAAAAUCCAGUGACACACCAUUAUUACCGAAAAUGGAAGUUAACAAAACAGUACGCACUAUCAAACCUCCAGAGACAGAUAUUCUUCCUUAUUUGUUGGUCAAGAAAGGACUGCCGUCUUUAUUCAGUCACAAAGACGAAUUAGUCAUGGAUAAUAAGAGUCAUCUCCAACAUCAGAGUGAUGGAAGAAUAUUUGAUUUUGCAUAUAUUUUGUCCAAAUUACACCCUGCACCCAAUGGAGUAAUCUUACCAAGCUGGACAGCGUUCAACACCUAG